AUGAAUUUAUCAAUUUUGAAAUUCGAUUUUUGGGGUUCCACGGUUUUACGGGUAGUGGUACCUCAAAUGCUCAUAAUUAUAUUACUUAUUGCAUAUGUUUUGUUCGGUUCAGCAAUGUUUGUCAUUUUGGAUGACAAUUUAGCCAAGGAAAAUUUCACAGAUAUUAUUCUAUUUUCAUUUACUACUAUUGCUACGAUAGGUUAUGGCAAUAUUACACCAUCAACGCCAUGGGCGCAAUUGUUCUGUAUAGCAUUUUCAAUAUUUGGCAUUCCAAUGACUUUGCUAACAUUAGCGAAUCUUGGAAAAUAUCUAACAAAAAGUUAUUGGAUGGCAUUAGUUUGCCUUGGUAAGGAAAUGCGCUGGCGACCAUGUGAGAAUGCAAAGAUGCCAUUACCGACAAUUAUCAUUCUAUUCCUGAUAACAUUUGCAUUUGGUUCGAUACUGUUCUAUCAAAAAGGAAGAGGCUUUUCGAUGGAUGACGUAUAUUUCAGUAUUAUCAGUUUUGCUACCGUUGGAUUCGGUGAUAAAUUUCCAACAGCAGAUGAUCCAUUACGCUUAAUUGCUAUGGUUUGUUAUUUGGUAUGGGGAAUGAUUCUGAUGACAACAACAUUUUCUAUCGUAAGUAGCUAUUUGAGAACGAUUCACUACUUGGGACGAAAGUUACGUGGAGCCCGUGAUGUGCACGUUUGGUUUGGUGGUAAAAGUAUGAAAGUAUCGAAACUACUUGAAAUUGUUGCAGCUGAAUUAAAUGCAUCACCUCGACAGCUGAAGAGUGUACUGAGAGAUCUCGAUAGCUUGAUAUCAACAGCUGUUGAGGAAAAUCAACUAUUAUCAAGGCGAUCAUCUUUUCUGCUUAAAGGUCGCUGUUCCGUGAAAAAGCGCAUUGGUUAUUCCUUACAGGGUAUUAACGAACGAAAAUCUCGUUAUGAUCGUCUGACAAUUGGGUCGCUUGAAACAGUACAAGAAGAUGGCAUAUUACUCCAUGAAAAAUUCAUCAAGGAACGACGAAAGAUUGAUAGGCAUCACUCGAUCGACUUAGGUGAACUAAGUAGGCGAACUAUUGUAAAAUUUGAAGUAUGA